CACAAUCCAAUCCAAUCAGUGAGUGAGUAGAGUUUUAUCGCGACGGGCACGGCCUUCUGCGCGUUCCAUCAUCCGGUUUGGAGAUUGUUCAGACUCAGCAGUUGCAGAGGAAAAAAGUGGAUUGGAAAAAGAUAUAUUUUUCAUUGAAUGGAUAGUACUUAGAUUUGGUGAUUUGGUGGGGGAUUCGUCAGAUUUGAAUGGGGAAAUUUGUACGCCGUCAGCGUUGGGAGGAAGCUUAGAUUUCCCGAGAUUGCGAGUGCGAGUGAACCGUGCUGUGCCAUUUCCUGAGUUUGGCCUUAAGCUCUGUCUUCACGCUGUGUCGUGAAAGAAGCACAGUCAGUGUAGGUUUCUUAUGUGUGUGGGACGAAGACGACGACGAAGACGGUGAAGACUAUAUGUGCGAGGAGGCCACCGCUGUGUUUUUAUGGGAGUGUGAACACGAAGGUCUCCUCCAUUCGACGGUUCGCCGAGUGAGUAAUGGAUUUAUCAAUCGUGCCGUGAUAAGCCUGUUGCGAAAGAAAACAGAAAUAACGAGAGCGAGUGAUUCUUCUCAUAAAAACGAGUUCCGGAAAAAUAGAUCCUCCGAGAAGGGCGAGAGCGCAGUAGGCGAGUGUUUAAUCGUAAUAGGUAUCAGGAAGCUCGUUGGGAAAAAAGUGUUUAUCCGUUUCCAUGUAAAAACUGUGGUGAAAGUGGUGUCAAAUAUCCUGUCAAUCUACGGCCUGGCCUAGUGAGCGAGGGAAAACAAGUGACUGCGAGAGAAUACGCAAGCAAGCACGCACACACGUACGUACCCAUACAAACAACAACACCGGAAGUGUCCCGCUAGGCGAUUGUCCUCGCCACAGUGUCCAUCCGGUGUCGGUUUUUCCAUUCAUCGCGCGCAGCAAAACAACAACAAACAAUCCAACACACGCCAAAAUGGCGGAUCUCGAAGCGGUGCUGGCCGAUGUCAGCUACCUGAUGGCGAUGGAGAAAUCCAAGUGCAUGCCGGCGGCCCGCGCCAGCAAGAAGAUCGUCCUGCCGGAUCCAAGUGUUCGAAGCGUGAUGCACAAAUACCUGGAGAAGGAGAACGAGGUGAACUUCGACAAAAUCUUCAAUCAGGUGUUAGGAUACCUCCUAUUCAGAGACUUCUGCGACAACGUCUCAGACGAACCGGUGCCACAUUUAAAAUUCUACGAAGAGAUCAAAGCCUACGAAAAGACAGAAUGCCACGACGAGCGGCGGAAGCAAGCCAGGGACAUUUACGACAAUUUUAUUAUGAAAGAAAUGCUGUCGCACACACACGAAUACUCGAAGGAGGCGGUGGCGCACGUGCAAAAGUACCUCAUGAAGAACGAGGUUCCGGUGAAUCUGUUCGAGCCGUACAUCGAGGAAAUAUUCCACCACCUGCGGGGCGAACCGUUUCGGAAGUUUCUCGAAAGCGAUAAAUAUACCCGCUUUUGCCAGUGGAAAAACCUGGAGCUCAACAUUCAGCUGACGAUGAACGACUUCAGCGUGCACCGGAUCAUCGGUCGAGGCGGUUUCGGCGAGGUAUACGGCUGCCGGAAGGCCGACACCGGCAAGAUGUACGCCAUGAAGUGUCUAGACAAGAAGCGAAUCAAAAUGAAGCAGGGCGAAACGUUGGCGCUGAACGAGAGGACGAUGCUUUCGCUGGUCAGCACCGGGGUCGACUGCCCGUUCAUCGUGUGCAUGACGUAUGCAUUUCACACCCCCGACAAGCUGUGCUUCAUCCUGGAUCUGAUGAACGGAGGCGAUCUGCACUACCACCUCUCCCAGCAUGGCGUAUUUAAUGAGUCCGAUAUGAAGUUUUAUGCAGCGGAAGUCAUUCUCGGGCUGGAGCACAUGCACAAGCGGUUCAUCGUGUAUCGGGACUUGAAACCGGCCAACAUUCUACUGGACGAGAAUGGACACGUGAGGAUUUCCGAUCUGGGGUUGGCUUGUGAUUUUAGCAAAAAGAAACCGCACGCCUCGGUUGGGACACAUGGCUACAUGGCACCGGAAGUGCUCUCCAAGGGUACCCCGUACGAUUCCAGUGCCGAUUGGUUCAGUUUCGGGUGCAUGCUUUACAAACUGCUGAAGGGCCAUUCGCCCUUCCGGCAGCACAAAACCAAGGACAAACACGAAAUCGACCGGAUGACGUUGACGAUGAACGUCGAACUACCGGAAUCGUUUAGCAAAGAACUGAGAGACUUGCUGGAAGGACUGCUACAACGGGACAUAGACAAACGAUUAGGCUGUAAAGGGGGAGGGGCGGACGAGGUCAAAGCGCAUCCAUUCUUCACCGGUAUCGACUGGAAUCAGGUGUACUACCAGAAGUACACCCCACCUCUGAUACCGCCCCGGGGGGAAGUUAACGCCGCGGACGCCUUCGAUAUCGGUUCGUUCGACGAAGAGGACACCAAAGGUAUCAAACUGACUGAACAGGAUCAAGAGCUUUACAAGUACUUCCCGCUGACCAUCUCGGAAAGAUGGCAGCAGGAGGUGGCAGAAACAGUAUUCGAAACCGUCAACCUGGAGGCGGAUCGGGUGGAGCAAAAGCGAAAGGCGAAGCAGAAGCAGCGGUUCGACGCGGACGAGAAGGACUCGGACUGCAUACUGCACGGGUAUCUCAAGAAGUACAGCGGUUCGUUUGCGUCGGUGUGGCAGACGCGGUACGCAAAGCUUUAUCCAAAUAGGCUAGAACUACACACGGAAAGUAGCAGCACGAAGCCGGACCUGGUGUUUAUGGACCAGAUCGAGGAGAUCGCGCCGGACUACAUACAGUUCAAGAACGAACAGUGCAUACAGAUCAAGUUCCGAGAUGGCAUUCGGGACGGACGACUGAUACUGACGAUGGCGGACGAAAUCGGCCUCAAGGAGUGGUCUCUCUCGUUGCGCGGCGCCCACAAGGAAAGCCAGGAGCUGCUCGGGUCGAUGGCCAAGAAGGCCGGCAAAAUCUACGGCACCGAGCGGGACGCCUCCAAAGCAAACGUACUGAUCUCGUCGUCUACCACUUCCUAUUCCAACGCCAGUGCCACAACCAAUGCCGCCAGCGGUGGCCAACGGAAUGCCAACGGGUCGUCCAACUAGCGGUUACUGUUGCGAUCUCGGUCCUGUUUCAUAGAACCGAGUCGUCUGAAGGAACCUCUGCUGAAGAUGAAGUGCAAGGACACCUAAGCGGCGUCGUUUCGGUUUCUUCUUUCGGUUCUGUGUAGGCUUUUAGUUAGUCGUUUGUAUUUCGAAUUCGCUGUGGAGUAUUUAUGAAAGCAUUUUUCGUGUGUUUCUUCUAUUUUAACAAUUUGGUUGGGGCAACCUGGGGCGUAAGAAAAACGGGUUCAAUCGAAACGCAUUGGCUUAGAAAAAGUGCGAGGAAUGCGCGAGAGUGUGAGCAAGAGUGAUGAAAUUCUAAAGGAAGUCAUGAGAAAAUCGAAGCGAAAGGCAACUGUUUUUCGCUGACAGUGAUAUGAACAAAGUGUGAAGCAAACAGUGAAUAUUUUAAUCGGUAGGAGUUACAAUUAUACAAAAAACAAAAGCACACAUACAUACAGAUACAGCCAAUAGAAGCGAAGGGACACGGGUUGGCUGUCCGAGCAUUUUUCCGGGGCUGACUUUGGUGGUUUUGUUUUGUUUGGAAACGGAAGCAAAGCAGGCGGUGACGUUCCAGUGGAACGAAUUCAUGGCUUACUUUGUUUCCGAUUCCGCUGACGUCAAACGAUUGUUUUCGUUGUAAUUUAAUUGUUUUGAGUAUUAAUUUUGUUGAUAUUUAUGUUUGUAGUAACGAUGCAAAGUCAGUAUUGGACAGUCAAGCAACACAAAUUAUAGCAAAAAUAAUUCCUAGGGUUAGCGAAUAAAUGUGUCAAUUUAGUAUUGUACUUCUUUACAUCGGAAGAAGCAAAUCAUCAAAGUAAUAAAUAGCGGUGUUUAUACAACUGUGACAACCGGAGGAACUAGAAGGAAGAAAACAAUAAUAAUGAACAAAAAUUAACCUAAAAUUACUAGGGUACGAUAAGCGAAGGAAUGGCGCCCAGCUAUUUAUAGAUAUAUUGUGAAAAUAACAAAAAAAAAAGGAGAAUCAUUCUAGGCGUAACUAUCCUAAAAUAUUGAUAGAAUAAUCACAGCAGUCAUGUGACAUGUUGUUGAGUCGCGCGUCAUCCAUGUGACACAGUCAAAGAUAGUCGUUUUUUUCGGUUUCCUUUUUUGUUGUCGAUAGUUUUCCCUGUAGCAAUUUAGAGGGGGAAACAAUGUUCAACCAUUAAUGUCAAUCCAAGUUUUUCACCCGAAAUAGUACUAGUGAAUACAAAACAGAAUGGUAUGUGUUACUACUAGGGACUACUACUAUUGACUUCAACUAAAACUGUUGAAUAUAUUUGUAUAGCAAUCUUAGAAUCCCUGUGAGGAGAACACAAACAAUACUAAGCCUUUUAUAUGUCUGUCUGUAUGUGUGUGGAGUAUAUUAUAUUAAAAAGAAAUUAAGCGUAACUGUUUAGGAGAACCAAAACAACUGUUAAGCCAAAAAAUAACAAUCUCUAUGGUUAAAAAUAAUAAUGAGUAUCAACUGAUUUUCCAUCUCGUUGAAUUUCCUCAAUCAUUAGGUAAUCAAUUUUUGUCAUUCAUCUCUAGUGAAAUUUCCAUAAUCUUUGCUAAGUUUACUUCAGUUAACCGUACCGAACAAUGACAAUAGCAAACCCAAUUUCUGAUCAAUCAUAGUAACCCGGUUUUCCAGUAGACUGAGAUCUCCGUUUCAUAUACAGUACUUUGAGAAACGAACACAACACUCUUCCUCUCAUCAAUUACAAGCAACAGUCAGAACAAAUUAGGUAACUAGUAGAAGCGCACGAACAAUCGUUCUAUUUGGCACUUGAAACAAAAUAAUGAUCAAUACUAUGUCAUCACCAUUCGAUCGCCAUCGUUUACUAACUGCUGUCAGGCUAACCUACAAAGUAAAACAUAAUAUCUGAAAAUCAACAAACACAAAAUUUCUUGGAAGACACGAAAAGAAAGCAUUCAUCUUAGUUAUAGUUAGGCAAAUGACCUCUCCCUGUUCGAAAAGUAAAGCCCGAUUGAAAUAUGAACAAAAGCAUAAUAAUCACACUUAUAAUUGAUUCAAAGUUUAUAAUAUGUAUUUAUUACACAUACACUCAUACA